AACGUCGGCCCUGGACGCAGUCUUGUCAAAGAUGCUCUCAAUAAACGAUGGUUUCUUGAGAAGUUCUCAUCAUUGUUAAGAUUUGGUGGUGUCGGAGCUGUGUCGCGACUGAAAAACCCUUGCCAAGUUGCAAAAGCAAUCGCCUUUGCCGAUGAUCCUCAUGGUCUUGUGUCACCGAUGGUUUUAGUUGGAUCUGGAGCAGAAGAAUGGGCGGAAGAGAAAGGAUUCUCGCUGAGUGAUCCAGCUAAGCUGGUUGCUCCCAAGACAAUUCAAGUCUGGAAGAAGGCGCGAGACGCAAUCAAUGAAAUCGGAUAUGUCCAAGAAUUGAAGAUGGAUACUGUUGGGGCUGUUUCUAUCACGGAAGACGUUGUUGAGGCUUGCACCUCUAGCGGCGGCAUCAUACUGAAACCACCUGGACGUUUGGGUCAUUGCACCAUGUUUGGGAGUGGUACAUGGGCAGAGCGUCGUGGAACGAGAAGCGUCGGAGUGACU